UUGAUGCUGCUGGUGAUGUCAAGCCUGCUCCUGUGGAAGAAUGUGGCCUCUCAUCCUAACUGUACUGGUAAACUGGGCCACUGGACUGCUCUGCCAUGUCUGCUUGAGCAUGCAACCCUUUUGUCUGACUAUAUCCACGUCCUCACUUCAGAACUGUGCCAGGAUUUUACAACCCUGUACUCCCACGACAUAGACAUAUUUUCAGUGUUAAGGAAAAGGUGUCACACAGCCUCCAUCGCCAUCCCAGGUGACAAGGAAGAGACCCUGAAGAUGAAGGUGAAGAAAGACUUGAUCAUCCUGGUGAUGCACUUGAUGUGCUCCUGGGAUGAUUGCCUGAGCCACCUCAUGGCCCAAGCAUUUUACUUGCCAAAGGUUCACAUGAAUUUCAUGAAGAAAUCCAAGUCAAUCCAGGAGAAAAUGCAGCAACUACAAGGGCUGAAGACUGUGGUUCAGCAGGUGGGUAGCUCCUGA